CAGAGCUCCGUGGGUCUGCACCAUGUCCUGCAUGCCUGUCCUGCUCAUGCUACUUGUCUACUGCACAGGUUGUGGUCCUCAGCCAGUGCUGUAUCAGCCGCCAGCCAUGUCCUCGGCACUUGGAACCACAGUCCGCCUCACCUGCACCCUAAGGAAUGACUAUGACAUCAGUGUGUACAGCGUCUACUGGUACCAGCAGAGGCUGGGCCACCCUCCGAGGUUCCUGCUGAGAUACUUCUCACAGUCAGACAAGAGCCAGGGCCCCCAGGUCCCCCCUCGCUUCUCUGGAUCCAAAGAUAUUGCCAGGAACAGGGGGUAUUUGAGCAUCUCUGAGCUUCAGCCUGAGGAUGAGGCCAUGUAUUACUGUGCUAUGGGGGCCCGGGACUUGGAGAAAGAGGAGAGGGAUAGGAAGAGGGAGGAAGAAAAGGAACCCACUGCAGCCGGAACACAUGUCCUUUGAACUGAAGACAGCCAUUGACUUCAGUUCUCCAAGGGGCAUGCAUCCCUUGGAGAGGAUGUCAGGGAAGAGGCUGGAGCCAAGGCCCAAAGUGCUGAGGGGGCGGAGCUACUCAGCUUCUCCUGGUCCUGCAUUGUUGCUGUAAACCCCCGUCGGAGGCUGCAUUAGAGAAUUAAAGCUGCUUGUGACUUUUUGC